UUUUCCGCCACUUUCACUCUUCUUCUCUUAUCUAUACACUAAGCUCAAAUUUCUUCUUCGUUUUUGAGUUGUGGGGUUUUAAUUGUUGUUCUCUCUACUUGAUAGAGCUCAAAAAUCCAGUGUGAUUGAGCUUUUUUUGGGUAUUUUUGGUGGUUUAUUGAGUAAUUGCUGGUGGAGUUUACAUUCAGUUAAGAUUCUUCUGAAAAGGUGAUCGAAAAUGGUGGAUCUAAGUGAUAAACAGGGUUUAGGAUCUGAAGAAAUGAGUAGUGGAGUUACUUCACCGGAAACUAGCCAAAGUAAUGUUAAGACUUGUGCUGAUUGUGGUACCACAAAAACACCUCUUUGGAGAGGUGGACCUGCUGGUCCCAAGUCACUAUGCAAUGCUUGUGGGAUCAAAAGUAGGAAAAAGAGAAGAGCCUUUCUGGGGUUGAACAACGAAGAGAAGAAAUCAAAGAAAUCAGUGGCACUUGGACAUAAAAACCAUGAAGCACAGCACCAUUUGAACCAAAGUUGUAGCAGCAGCAGCAACAGUGAAGAUAGUAAAAGCAGUAACUUUGUGAAGAACAUUGUUUCUUCUUCGUUGAAAAAGAAAUUACUUCCUUUUGGUAAAGAAGAAGUCAUUAUGCAGAGACCAAGAUCAAGAUCUACUCAGAAGAGAAAGCUUGGAGAAGUAGAACAAGCAGCAUUCUUGUUGAUGGCUCUUUCUUGUGGCUCUUUUUACACUCAAGGAAGGAUGAAAAUGGACAAGGAAAGAAAGAAUGAGAAAUGUUGUACUCUUGGCAGUAAAAGUAGUACUUUGUGGGUUGGUUGAAUGUUUCAGCUCGGAGAAGUCUAGCUUGAUUUGAGAAGUGCUAAUUCGAUUUGGAAGACUAUGAGUAGAUAGAAGUUGAGAGUUCUAUGUUUUCAUUUCAUUAAUUUUAUACUACUAUUUUAGUUCAUUGAUGAAAUUAUUUUCUCAUCUUUUGAUAAUGAGUUGAUUGAUGAAGUUAUUUCUUAAUGUUCAUUGCAUGACAACAGCUUUUAUAUGUUUUAAUCAAAACAAAAAGUACAAUAAAUA